UUUCGUUUCAUAAGGUAAAUAAACAAAAAAAAAAUUCUUGUGGAGCAGAAAUUGAUUUUGAAAACAAAAUGACUAAACUUUUCUGAUUUCUGUUCAUUUUUUCAAUUUAUUGUUGCUUGGUUUAAAAUUUUGUUUGCAAGCACAAUUCAAUAUGCGAAUUCCAAAAUUCACAAAAAUACCAAAUCAGUUGGCAAUUCGUUUAUUUCGUAAAGGAUGUGCUAAUCGUCCGUUUUAUCACAUCAUUGUUUCACCCAUCGAAAAACAUAGCUCUUAUGAAGGUAUUGAACAGUUAGGAGUAUAUGAUCCGAUGCCCAACGAACGAGAUGAAAAACUGUUGUCUUUAAAUGUCGAACGUUUUAAAUAUUAUGUAGCUCAAGGCGCCUGGGUAAGAGCAUCAGUUGGCCAGCUUUUAGGUGUAGCUGGCGUUAUGCCUAUUCAUCCACAAUCACUUACUGUGGCCUGGAGAAAUCGUAAACGUAGUUUGGAGUCUUCUGAAAACAGCACCGAAAGUAAUUCUAAUUCAACACCUUAAACAUUAUUUACUACUUGAAAAACUGAAGAGUGAGUUACACGAACUUAGUCAUGCUGUAUUAUAAAUAACAUUACUUGAAAAUAAAAGUUUUUUUAAAGCAAAUUUUCAAGCUGUUUCA